AUGGAUGUCGUUGACGCAACCUUCAAUCACCACCUACCGUGGAUUCUCUACGAGUUGGCCUCGUGCUGUUUUGUGUCUCUGGAUCUGGAGAUGUCAGGAAUCGCGAUGAGCCCAGACAAACCAGGUGGCGAGGUCCAGACACUUCAGGAGCGCUACGUCGAGGUCAAAGCAGCAGCGGAGAAGUACCAGGUCCUGCAAGUUGGUCUGACCAUUUGCCGCGAAGAUUUGGUGACAGGGAAAUACAUCCUCAUGCCAUACAACUUCAACCUGAGCCCGAAUACUUGCCGUGAAACUGAAAUCAGUCGAGACUGGACGUUCCAGAGCCGGGCGGUAGUGUUUCUGCUGGCAAAUGGCUUCAGUAUAGACAUUCAGUGCAAAUAUGGUGUGCCCUAUCUAUCCCGAGAAGAGGAAAAAGAAGCCAUUGCCAAGGCAACAGAGAGAUUGACCCGUCAGGCGACGAAGAGGUCCCUGAGUAUCAAAGAAUCGGAUCGUGAGUCCCUGGAAUUCGUCCAGGCAGUGCGACAAGUUGUGGACAGCUGGCUUGCCGAAAGCGAUAACCACAACGCGUGGGUCAAUAUUCCACCACCGACUGGCAAGCUUUCUGGAAUGCCGAAGACCUUGAGCAAAAUGCACAAAAUGCUUGUGCACAAUCUUAUCGAGAGUGAAUACCCAACCCUCGCUGCUCGAAGCCACUCUUCUUUCAUGACCAUUGAACCCUUACAUCCCGAGCGUGAUAAGAAAGCCCAAGAGGCACGACUUGAAGGAAAGAAAGCCCGAAUUCAGCAAUGUGUUGGAUUCCGAUGGAUUGUAGAGGCCCUAGUCGGUGGGGAUCUGAAGGACAUUGAAGAUUGGGCUUUCAAUCGGACCAUGGACAACAAGGCAGUGCGCCCUCUAUACACCCCAGACUCCCCCAAAGAGCUCUCGAUGCGCGUAAAGCAGCGACUCAGGGAACACCGGCCCAUCCUGGUUGGCCACAACAUCUUUACCGAUCUGGUUUACUUUUGCAAAUGCUUCUUCGGCCCGCUACCAGAUACCGUGGGCGAGUUCCAGGUCAUGGUGCACGAUCUCUUCCCCGUCAUCGUCGAUACCAAGUACUUGGCGACUCAUGACUGCGGUUCCGUGAAUCCUCCUUCGUCACUGGUAGAGCUUAACCAGGACUUGUCCCACAUACGGAACCCGUUGAUAGCCAUGGACCCUCUGCAUGUCAAAUACAGCAGCCAGGAGCUCAACCACGAAGCCGGGUUUGACAGCAUGCUUACUGCCACAGCCUUCCUCAAGCUCUCAGCGAUGCUCUCUCGUGGUUCCUACGAUCGCAACAAAAUUAAGCAACACGAACAGAAUGGGGGCAUGAGGUGUCCACAGCAAGGCCGUUCCCCCGUCAAAAGGAAGCCUGGAGAUUUCUUCGCUGCCGAAAAUGUCAAAUCUUUGGACAUGAUCGCUAACGGCUGGCUUCACACACGCGGUAGUACUCUGGAGGAAACUGGAUCAGCGGAGGUAGCGCACAAGGUCCGCAAUGGCGAGCUGAUUCCCCGACUGGGUAGUGAAUUCUGGAAUGUUUACAGCAACCGUCUGCGGGCUUUUGGAACGAAGGAACGGAUGGUGCAGCUUGGGGUCCAGGAGGAAGAGGAGGAAAUGACACCACGUGAUCUCAGGGAACUUUUCUCGAUCGGAGAGACACCGGGACCCAACCACCAUCACUGCCAUCCAGCAUUGUCGGAGAUGGCCACAAAAUCCAAUGGGGCACGGCGCAUGGUGUCGCUAUUGCGCCCGUCAAUAGUCGACACCAGCGUGUGCAGAAGCUGUCAACAGACCCUCGGCCGACGCCAAUAUGCCGCCACGACCGAGACACCCGCCACAGAGACGGCCUCAAUUGCCAAAGACCCAUCGGCAUCAACAACCUUCCCCGUCGUGAAGCCCGUCUACACCAUCAACGCCGGCAUCGCUCUCUCCCGACCGCCCCAGGUGACCCGCGAGCUCGAGCCAUUCGAGCAAGCCUACUAUUUCUACCAGAAGCGGCUGAACGAGCGACUGGCGCUACCGUUCACAAAGUACUUCUACUUCAAGCGCGGCACGCCGGCCGACGAGGACUGGAAGCGGAAGAUCUUGGACCGCCGAACCGCAGCGCGGGAUAUCGGCAAAUACAACGCGUACGCGAGCGAUGCGUGGAACGACGAAUUGCUCGUUAAUGCGCCUGAUUCCGAUCCCGCGCACCAGGUUGAGAUGCUCGUGCAGGACGCCGAGUCUACGGCCAAUGCCACCUCGCAGGAUACCAGCAAGAAGGAGGAGAUCCCCCGUCCGUUUCCGCGGGUGACGGAGGCGGAUAAGAAGGGUGAUGAGAAGAGCUUGGAUCGUCUGCUUCCGAGAACGUUAUAUCUUCUGGUUCAAACGAAGGGGGGUUACUGGACGCUUCCCAAUGCGCCGGUGGAGGCGGGCGAGAGUCUGCGUCUGGCUGCCGAGCGUACCCUUGCCCAAUCAGCGGGCGUGAAUAUGAACACCUGGAUGGUCGGCUAUCAUCCCGUCGGACACAAUGUGCUAGAGUUCAAGCGACCAGCGAUCAACCAAGCGGCCGGGACCGAGUUGCGUGGUGAGAAGACUUUCUUCUUGAAAGCGCGCAUCAUGGCCGGACAGGCCGAUCUGUCGGGCAACACGCUGGGACUCAAGGACUUCAAGUGGCUCAGCAAGGAGGAGAUCGCCAAGUACGUGCAUCCGGGGUACUACCGCGACAUCAAGAAUAUGCUGGCCGAUCGGUAA